AUUCGCGAACUAAGCAAACAAUCAACACUGCCUAGUGAUAUCCUCGAGACCGUUGCAGCAGUGCUGAGGAAUAAGAAAAAGGAUAUUAGGGCUUCCGCUAUCACAAUACUAUGCAAACAGGCAACGCUUCCUGAUAAUAUCCUAGAUACCUUUUCAGAAUGGCUAGAGAACAAGGAUAAUCUUGCUGAGGUCACUGAUAUUGAAAUGCUAAGUGAACACCCAGUGUUGCCCAACAAAAUUCUCGAGGUUAUUGCAGCAAAGCUAGACGAUCAGGAUAACUUUGUCCAAGCCGCAGCUGUUGAAACAUUGGGAAAG